CGUUUUUCGAUCUGGAGACAGCCAUGUAUCGGGCCCCGGCGAAGUCGAUCAGCCUCAGUCUGUUAUCGGACGGUUCGUCCUUUCCCACCUUGGCAUUAAAAUCGCCGAGCACGAUUUUGACGUCGCAAGGCUUCACACUUACUUUUCGUUGACCCGUUCAUCGCAUUUCUUGGAUGGUGAUAUCAGCCUUUGUCUUUCGGAGGACAUCAACCAGCCGGGCAGAGGUGCCUUCCCCAUUAAGGGUCCAGGUAUUCCAGGUGUAUACUCUCAAAUCAUGGUCCUUUAUACGUUUGCCGUGGUCGUCAUCAAAAAAGGGGGUCUCAUCCGAGGCCUGUUGUGGUCAUUGGGUGGGGUUAUAACGUGGCGGGUCCCAAACCCAGCGCACGCGAAGUUUUACGCCUUCUCACUUUGGCUCGCUUCUCAACGGGUGCUUCGUUGCUACCCAGAGUAUACGUGAAUAUAAAUAUCCGGACGUUGUGAACUGCAAUUUGAACCGUACAAACAAGAAUCACUUCUGGCCACUCCCAGGUCAACAGUGCUCCACUUCUGCGCACGGAACCGUUUUAAAUUCCUACCUGCUUGAAAAUUUAUAUCUGUAGAAAGUCAGUUUUUAUCUUUCAGUCUUCGAAUGAAUUUCUUUAUCAUAAAAAUUUAACAUUUAAAAGUAAAUACUAAAAAAAAAAAACAUUUGGCGCCUAUCUAAAAAUACUUUCGAGGCAUUGUGGCAGUGCGGGACAGUACAAUGCUUCUUUGAAAACCUAAAAUUUACAUUUGGGUAAAUUCGCUCAAUUUGGAUAUCAACAACUUCAAAAUUUUCGGCACCGCUUAUCGCUCCUCUCCUGCGCAGUUUUUGUGCAACAAUUGCCAACAACAAGAAACUCAAUAAGUUUAAAAAUACCAUUUAAAUUAAAAAAUAAUAAUAAUGUCAGCUGCUAAAAUGAAGACGACACCCAGCGCCACAACAGCCACCACUGAUGCCAAUGAGCGCAUACGCAAGCAUCAACAACAACAACAGCAUCAAAAUGAUAAUAUUGCUAAUAACUUUGCCUCGGCGGCAACUGCAACUCGCACCACUUCUGACACAUCUAUUAAGGUGGUGACACAAUUGAAAAAUCCGCCUGCCGCAAUGCCAUCUACCGCGGCAGCAGCGACUGCGACCACCGUCGUUUCCCCGUCACACGGUGGCCGUCGAAAUCACACUAGAAAGUUGAGUUCUGUCAGCGGCGAUGAUUUGAAACAAUCGGACAAGCGUACAACUUCAGUGAAACGCAAACGCCACGUAAAAUUCAUUUCGACCGCUUCAAAUGGCAGCAAACAAAUGAUUAACAAAGGCAAAUCACAUUUCAAUGCCACAAAUUUGAACGUGGCGGCUGGUAGCUCGUUGCCACCGGUGAAUAAGACUAAAUCUAUACUGAAAGUUAAGCCAGCAGUUGUGGUCAAACGCAAAGCUGGUACAAACAAUGUCACCAAGAAGCUGACACGAGUGCCCCAAGGCGCUCAAGCCGAACGCGAAGCAGCUGAGUUAUCCAAGCUGGCGAAGCAAUUCGCUAGAAAACUGCCCCAGCCAAUGGGUGAAGAGGAAGCGCAAUAUCUGCCCUCGCCAAAUACGCUCACGCCUGGACGCUCGAAGCGAAAUGUGGCAAAUAGUAAAUUGUUGCCUGCCCGUUCAAGCUGGAGUGGCAAUGAUCAGCGAGCCGCUGGCAAGUAUCAAACGCUGAAUCGACGGCACAGUGCCAGUAAAAAACAUUUGCCAUCUGGUGCCGGCUUAGUGGCAUCAGGCUCCGUUAAUGUGCCAGCGGUCAGAUGCUUUAGUCCAGUGCAGGAUAAGUCAUAUAAGGAGAGUGCCAAAGUUUAUAAUAGCGCAUUGGAUAUGGAUGCGACAAAAAUGUUUGAUAUGCCAACUACCAGCCAUAAUAUUACAGUGGCAAUGGUCAAAGAAGAGCAUGCCAAACCAACGAAGGAAAACGAUGAACAGCAACAACAAGUGCCAAAUGAAGCAACAAAUAGUACAACAACUACAGAUCGCGUGUCUGAUUUAGGCGGUGGCGGUGGAGGUAGUGGUGGUGUCGGUGGUGUCGGUGGCCACUACGCAAUCGAAGAAAUGCAAAAUUCAACUAAUGCGCCUGUAGUCGUGCAAAUCGCUGAUCCAACAGCUCGCUCAUCUAGUAAUAAUAGUUCGACUAAUACAGGGGUAAAUGUCUUGCCAAUUAGAUUCUUGAUUAGAUUGACUCUCACAAAUGUCUGAUAAUUGAACGUGAACUGUGUAGCUUUUUUGUAACAAUUC